AUGCUAAUAGACCGAUUUCCACUUAUAGAUGUCAUCGCUUGCUGUUUCGGGAAUCGCUCCAUUUUUGGAUUUCGCCGGCCUAUUGUUGUUCAUCGAGAAAAUUUCCAUUUACUUGUUCAUUGGUGGCACGUUUUAUUUUUCACGUAUCACAAGCAAGACAUUGACGCCAAGCAUAAUUCCGAACUUGACACCCGUGAUACUGCACGUGAUACUAUGUUUAAUGAAAUUCUUGCCAACCGUGAUGCCCGAAUCGCCACCGAGCUUACCAAUCGUGAUGCCAGAUUCAUAACCGAACUCAUCGAUUACCGUGUCAAAUUUAAUGCUGAACUUACCUCACGUGACGAAAAAUUUACAGCAGAGGUCCAAAGAAUCUUUACAAUGUUUAAUACUUCUACUGCAAGACUUGAUGAGAUCGAACGA